CCUCCAGCAUUAUAAAGCCAUUGUCCAGCCAACUCCCCACGUCUCGUCUCGUCGUUGCUGUCACUCUCAGCUCUCCCCCUAGUAUACAGCCUUCUUUUUUAAAGCAUCCACAAUGAGGGAGAUCGUGCACAUCCAGGCCGGCCAGUGCGGUAACCAGAUCGGUGCUAAGUUCUGGGAAGUGAUCAGUGACGAACACGGCAUCGACCCAACAGGGACCUACCAUGGAGACAGUGACCUGCAGCUGGACAGGAUCAGUGUCUACUACAACGAGGCCACAGGAGGUAAAUAUGUUCCACGUGCCAUCCUGGUGGACUUGGAGCCAGGCACCAUGGACUCCGUGAGGUCCGGACCUUUUGGCCAGAUCUUCAGACCUGACAAUUUUGUGUUUGGUCAGAGCGGUGCUGGAAACAACUGGGCCAAAGGUCACUACACCGAAGGCGCGGAGCUGGUGGACUCGGUCCUGGAUGUCGUACGCAAAGAGUCCGAGAGCUGCGACUGCCUCCAGGGCUUCCAGCUCACACACUCUCUGGGUGGAGGAACCGGGUCGGGAAUGGGGACGCUCCUCAUUAGCAAGAUCAGGGAGGAGUACCCCGACAGGAUCAUGAACACCUUCAGUGUUGUGCCUUCCCCCAAGGUGUCAGACACAGUGGUGGAGCCUUACAACGCCACUUUGUCCGUCCACCAGCUGGUUGAGAACACAGACGAAACCUACUGCAUCGACAACGAGGCACUGUACGACAUCUGCUUCCGCACUCUUAAACUGACCACGCCUACUUACGGAGACCUCAACCACCUGGUGUCGGCCACUAUGAGCGGCGUCACCACCUGCCUGCGCUUCCCGGGCCAGCUCAACGCCGACCUGCGCAAACUGGCCGUCAACAUGGUGCCUUUCCCCCGUCUGCACUUCUUCAUGCCCGGCUUCGCUCCCCUGACCAGCAGGGGGAGCCAACAGUACCGCGCCCUCACCGUCCCGGAGCUCACCCAACAGGUGUUUGACGCCAAGAACAUGAUGGCGGCGUGCGACCCGCGCCACGGUCGCUACCUCACGGUGGCCGCCGUCUUCCGCGGCCGCAUGUCCAUGAAGGAGGUGGACGAGCAGAUGCUGAACGUGCAAAACAAAAACAGCAGCUACUUUGUGGAAUGGAUCCCCAACAACGUCAAGACGGCCGUGUGUGACAUUCCGCCUCGCGGCCUCAAGAUGGCCGUGACCUUCAUCGGCAACAGCACGGCCAUCCAGGAGCUGUUCAAGCGCAUCUCCGAGCAGUUCACCGCCAUGUUCCGCCGCAAGGCCUUCUUGCACUGGUACACGGGCGAAGGCAUGGAUGAAAUGGAGUUUACUGAGGCCGAGAGCAAUAUGAACGACCUGGUGUCCGAGUACCAGCAGUACCAGGAUGCCACCGCCGAGGAGGAGGGCGAAUUUGAGGAGGACGCUGAGGAAGAUGCUUGAAGAGAAACGAGGAGACGAGAUAACAAGAAACGGUCAAAGAGGUGCAACUACUCACGUAACCAAGGAGCCAACAUAGUAUCAGUUUGCUAGAGUCCACUUUUAGACAACAAGUUAGCCUUCCCAUCUAAUUCAUUUCAAAUAAAAGCUGUCAAACCACAAA